AUGUAAAUUAUAAUAUUAAAUAUUAAAAAAUAAUAGGAUUUAAUCAACUUUUUAGUGAAGAAAACAUAAUUAAAAGAAUAUUUAAAUAUUAAUAAUGAUGACAACUAGAUAAGUCAAAAGUUUUAUUUAAUAUUCAAAUUGCUUUCUACAAUAUUUAAUAGUCCAACUAAAACCUUGUAAGAUUAGACUGUAGUUUAAAGUAUUACUUAGUUAAUUCUUAUUGCAGGAGAAUAAUCUGUUAGUUAGGAGCUAGUAAAAAGUUUGAUUGGCAUAAUUUAGGGCAAUAUUUCAAAUAUAUUUACGUUAAUUGGCUAAUUUGAUCUAUUAAAUCAGAGUGAUUUAAAAACAAUUUAAGAAUUUAUUACUACAACAUAAAAAUCAGUAGUUUUUUAAAACCGCAGUUCUCUAGAAUAAAUUAACGUUACUCCUUAGUAGGUUUUAGAUGACUAAACGAAGGAUAUUCUUAAAAGAAUAAAUGAAGGAAAAAUAAAUCUUUAGGAUAUUUUCAGAGUUUUAGUAAGUAAAGAAGGGUAGAAUGGCAUGAUUAAUAUUGAUACAUUUUGUACAUUCAUAAAUAGAAUAGGUAUCCUCUCAAGCUAGAAGUUAUAAUUCUUAUUAAGUGAGGAAGAAUUUGAAAGGGCUUUUGAGUAUGUCAAUAUUAAAAAAAUUAGUAUGUCCCUAUAAAAAUUGGGUAUAUCUCCUGCUUUGUUAGCAUUAUCACUAGGCACAUUAAUAUUAAUACUUGUUUUAUUAUUUGUGUUCAUAUUUUUAGGGAUUCAAGCCUUUACUUUAGGUGGAACAUUUGGUGCAGUUAUAAACUCCAUAAUUCCUAUAACAGCUGCAACAGGUGCAGCUUUAUCUUAAGAAGAUAAAUCCUCAAAUUUGAACGAAAAAAAUAUUUAAAAUACUAUAAAAGAAAUUGAAUAAAUUUUGAAUUCAAAAUAACUUUGA